UUUCCCAUGAUCCUCUUCGUUAAGAAAAAGGCUCCCUCUAUUUUCUUGUGUUCCUGAAGAGUACCGGUGUCAUUACAAACGCCAAAACCGUACUCGCGAUACGCUUUAUUCCUCGUGUAUGUUUAAUGGGCUUGGGGGAACGCGCAGCGUUGCUGGGUCGUCCUUUUUAAAACCCAUUUUAUAGGUUCCUGUCCCCCUCACGAUGUCAUUCCCUCCUCCGCUUAACCGCCAGCCGCUGAGCAUCCCCCAGUUGCCCCCCGGGCUCCCCCCGCCCCAGUUCGGCACCUUCGGCCCGCCCGUCCCACCAGGUACUCCCAUGAUACCAGUUCACAUGGGUGUCGUGACCCCCUCUCCCUCAGUUCUUGUCCCAACCCCAGUUUCUGUUGCGCAGAAGCCGAUGCUUCCAAACAAGAUCAACUUCCGAGCCAAGGACCCAGAGGAUGGCCCCACUACCACCGUGUUUGUGGGCAACAUCUCAGAAAAGGCGUCUGACAUGCUGGUCAGGCAGCUGCUGGCGAAAUGUGGCAUUGUUCUAAGCUGGAAGCGAGUCCAAGGCGCUUCUGGGAAACUACAAGGUAAAACAAAACGCACGUUUGGCUUCUGCGAGUACAAGGAGCCCGAAUCGACGCUGCGAUCCCUGCGACUCCUGCACGAGCUGAUGCUGGGCGACAAAAAGCUGUUGGUCAAAGUAGACGCCAAGACCAAGGCGCAGCUGGACGAGUGGAAGGCCAAGAAAAAGAGCGCCAAUGGCGCGGCAAGCGGCGACGGUAAGAACGAGGAAGAGGAUGAGGUGCUGGACGAAGAGACCCUGCGUCGAGACCAGGCGGCGAGGGGCGCCAUCGAAGUGCUCAUCCGGGAGUAUUCCAGCGAACUCAGCAACUCCGCGGACGGCAACGGGCAACUUCGCAAGAAGAGAAAAGACAAGAAAGACGAGGAUGACAUCAACGCCAUGGAGCUGGAGGAUGACAAGAGGGACUUGAUUUCCAGAGAGAUCAGCAAAUUCCGUGACACACACAAGAAAUUGGAGGAGGAGAAAGGGAAGAAAGAGAAGGAGCGGCAGGAGCUGGAAAAAGAGCGGCGGGAGAAGGACAAGGAGCGAGAGCGCGAGAGGGAGCGCCGCGACAGGGAGAAAGAGAAGGAGCGCGAGCGGGACAAGGAACGCGAGCGGGACCGGGAACGCGAGCGGGACCGGGACAGGGAGCGCGAACGUGAGCGCGAACGGGAACGUGAGCGGGAACGCGAGCGCGAACGGGAGAGAACGAGGGAGCGCGAGAGGGAAAAAAGUCGAGACAUCAGCGAAGCUCGCAGCCAUUCCAGAGAGAGGACAAGAGAUGACAAAAAACGAGACCGCGAUGAAGAUGAGGAAGAUGUGUACGAGCGCAGGAGACUCGAGAGGAGACUCCGAGAUAAGGAAGCAGCCUAUCAAGAGCGGCUGAAAAACUGGGAACUGCGUGAGAGGAAGAAAUUGCGCGACUACAGCAAGGAAAUGGAGCGGGAGGAGGAACGGAGCCGCGAGACUAUGAAAGAAGCCAAACGACUCAAGGAAUUCCUCGAAGACUAUGACGACGAACGCGACGAUCACAAAUAUUACAGGGGCAGCGCUCUGCAAAAGCGCCUUCGCGACCGGGAAAAGGAGACCGAGAUGGACGAGCGCGACCGCAAGCGAGAGAAGGAGGAACUGGAGGAAAUCCGACAGAGGCUCCUGGCCGAGGGUCACCCCGACCCCGACGCAGAAAUGCAAAGGUUGGAGGAAGAGGCAGAGCGCAGACGGAAGCCUCCUCUCAAGCUGGAACCCGAGGAGAAAGUGAAGCAAGAGAAAAAGGAACGAGAAUCCCACCGGGAGUCCCACAGGGAGUCCCACAGGGAGUCCCACCGUGACUCCCACAGAGAAUCCCACAGAGAAUCCCACAGAGAGUCUCAUAGAGAGUCCCACAGGGAGUCGCACAGAGAGUCACACAGAGAGUCCCACCGGGAAAGGGAGAAGAGCGCGUCGGUAAAGCCCGCUGAGCCAACGCCUCGAGACCCUCCACCACAUUCGGAAGAGGAUGAAGAGGAGGAAAGGCGGCGGCGGCGAAGGCGAGAGGAGGAAGAGGAGCAGCAGCGGGUGGAACAACAACAACAUCAUCAACAACAGCAACAACAAGAAGAAGAAGAAGAACAACAACAGCAGGAGCAGGAGCAGCAGCAACAAGAAGAGCAGCAGCAGGAUCAUGUGGCCCACAAUGGUGGGGAUUCACCUGAGGCUAGGCUGCACCUCAAAGCCCUCAUGCGACCAAUCAACACCGCUCCCUCUGUGUCCUCUGCCAGCGGGAAUGCCACGCCCAACACGCCUGGCAACGACUCCCCGCGCGGCAUCAUCAUUCCAGGCGAGCGAACGCCUGAGGUGCAGCCUCUCGAGGAGCACCGGCCCAAGAUUGGCCUCAGUCUCAAGCUGGGUUCUACCAACAGCCCCAGCCAGCUGCACGCCAUCAAGCGCAAAAAGCUGGCAGCAGCAGACAGCAUUUUUAACAAGUUCAAUGAGGAUGAGGAUGCCGACGAGCAGCCGCGCAAGAGGAAGCUAGUGCCGCUAGAUUACGGAGACGACGACAAGAGCUUGGGCCUGGACGGCGCCGACGUGUCGGCCGCCAAAAGCGGCGCCAAUUCCGAAGAGAAACGCAAGAACAUCCGCAGCCUCAUCGAGAAGAUCCCCACGGCCCGGCCCGAGCUCUUCACAUACCCGCUCGACUGGUCCAUGGUUGAUUCGACUCUGAUGGACCGCCGCAUAAAACCGUGGAUCAACAAGAAAAUCAUUGAAUACAUCGGCGAGGAGGAAGCAACGCUGGUUGAUUUUGUCUGCUCAAAGGUGAUGGCACACAGCACUCCUCAGGGUAUUCUCGAUGACGUCGCCAUGGUUCUCGACGAGGAAGCGGAAGUGUUCAUAGUCAAAAUGUGGCGGUUGUUAAUAUUUGAAACUGAAUUCAAGAAGAUCGGACAAGCAAAAUAAACAUUCUCUCACACCGCUUUGCUCACAGUUCCGGCUCACCCACCCCGGAUGACGGAAAGACAUGUUGACAUCUUGGUAUUGCAUGAAGAAACCUUAAGCUGUAUUUUUGUUGAGGUUUAACGAAUACACACAAAAACGACCAUUUUAUUUCCCUAUCUGUUCUUCAAUAAAUCACUCAUAGUGAUACACUGCUUAACUGUGUUACCUAAUAAAUACUGUUAAAGUUUU